UCUUCUGGACAUAUAAGCAUCAUGUUGAGGAAGAUAUUGAUUCUGGUUUGUCUGACCGGGCUGGCGGUGGCCACCCACUCACGCCACGAUCAUGCGGACUUCGAACGGGAUCCUUGCACGGGCAGGGAAUGUCCCACCUACGGUGUCGUCUGCUCGUCCAGCGAGUACGAGGUGAGAGAGUACGCGGAGUCAUGGUGGGUCAGCACCACAGUACGCAGCUUCAGCCGGGGUUACGCCGCUUACCAAGGAGCCGGCAUAAUCUACAAGUACAUGCACGGUGCGAACUCGGACGCAGCUGACAUCGAGUCAGGUUGGCCGAUCCUCGUGCAGAUACGCUCUAACGUCGAGGAAGCGAAAGAUGCGGUGCGUAACGUGCGAGAGGGCGGCGACAUAGAACAGCAAAGCUUCAGCGUCGCCAUCUACAUCCCGCGCGAGAAUUGGGGCUCGAUGCCAGAGCCCUCUGACGAGCGAGUCAAGAUCGACACCAUUCCCGUGACGCGCUUCUUCGUUCGCAAUUUCGGCGGCUGGUCGUCUGGCAUGAAAACGCUGCGCUCGGGUAGGUACCUUGCGCAGAAGCUGAAGGCCAACGAUGAGUGGUUCGACUCGGACUGGAUGUAUCACGCCAUCUACAACAGGCCUAACCAAGUCUUCGGAAGACGCAACGAGAUCUGGUUUUUCUCUCCCAAGUUCACGACACCAGCUUGCGCCCGCGAUCCACCGGUUGACAACAACAUCGAAGAGGAGACGACCGUGUGGGAGCUGCUGGAGAGAUACGACAACGGAAUAGAGAAGAGGAGCUACCCGGGAGGAAGAUGUAUGUGUUACACGGUCAGUGAUGACGUGUGCGAUGAACGCGAGGCUAUGCGGCAGGCUAUGGGAGGCAUCAAGAAGCUCGUACAAGUUAUCAGGAAGAAAAAGCCAGAGUUCAGGCCGAAGGGACCUCUAAUUCUGAGCGUUAGACAGAGGACGCAACCCGCCGAAGGACAAUGCGAUAAGGAGUUCAAGAUGAUGACGCCUUCUGCAGAGGCCAUGUUAGGAGUUGAACUACCCGCGGACUCUAGAAUCUCCUUCUUGGAGAUGGGACCCCGGACCUUCUAUGCCUACUCCUUCGACGGCUACUUCACGCAGGCGUAUCGCAAUAGGAAGGGGGCGUUCCACGAGGCUCUCGACUCUUUAGGCGUCUGCUACGACAACACGCUCUCUCUGCUCUCUCUGCACAACAAGCCGUCGAAGCUGUUCGACAGGGAGAACACGAUCUUGCAUCCCGUCUCAGACACCUGCGACCGCCGUUGGUGGAAGCGAUAGAUCAGCGUCGUAUAUAGAGAGCGCGGCGCGCACAUGCGUGCGAUCAUAUGCCAUAAAAUCGUGAAUGCUCACAUCGAUCAGGGAGCUCGCCUACUGGGGGAAGCAGCCGCAUCGCGUGGUAACUCCUCGCCGAGUGAUGUUGAUAAUUUCAGCUUCUAUUUUGGCAGGCAGUCGGUUUCAAUUUUCGACGUCGUGGGUCAGAAGCUGGAUCUAUCUUCGGCGGUUAGCGGAAUUGAUGCGUAAACCGUUCUGUCUGUUAGACAUCCUCACUUCGUGGCCGUGGCAGUUAUAGCGUUAGUCGGUCCAUUCCCGCGCGCUGAGUAACCUAACAGUUCGGAACGUAUCGACAGGAGAAAAAUCUAUUUUCUGCGGCAAAUCCCAGUUCACUACAUCAAUAAAAUGCUCCAUUUCAAAUUGU